GCCCGCCCGCCGCCACGGGGCCGCCCCUAACGGCCGUUCUCCCCCAUGGCGGCGGCGGCUGGGGGGGCAGGCGGCGGCGGCGGCUCGGCGGCUCUGGGCGACAGCGGCGCCAUCGACUACUCGGUGCACGAGGCGUGGAACGAGGCCACCAACGUCUACCUGCUGGUGGUGCUGGCCAGCCUCGCCCUCCUCGUCUACGCCCGGCGGAACAAGAGGAGGAUCAUGCGCAUCUUCACCCUGCCCCCAGCCGCCGAGACGCCGCCCGAGCCCAACUUCUACGACAGCAUGAAGAAGAUCCGCCUGCGGCAGCAGCUGGAGAUGUACUCCAUCGGUGUCAUGAUGAGGAGCUUCUCAGAAACAGAAGUGGAUGAUGAGUGGAGAUGAAGAAAUCAUACAUUUAAGAAGUUGGCUCAAGUUUCCGUUACAGGCAUGGAAAGUUUCUGAGACCAAGCUAUGCGAGAAGAACAUGAGUAAAGAAGAGGGAGAUGUAGACCCAGACUUUCUAGAAGGGAUUGCAGGAUUUGAGAGGACGCUGCACAAACGUCACGUAGCUUGCUUGCUUAUUCAUUUACCUGCACCCCUGGAUUGUAAUACUUUGUUUGCAUAUCUGUUUGAAAGUUGAAAAAUCCCCUUACAUCUGUGUCUUUAAUAUAAUCAUGGCUUCAAGCUUGUUUUAGGAAGAGCAGAACAUCGCUGUAGUUUUUAUUUGUGGAUUAGAUAGCUGCUGCUUUGUACUUGAAAUCAAUUUUGUUUUUUGUAGAAACAUACAUUGAAUCUGGAGAAGAUCAGACCAUGACCGUUAUGAAAUAGGAAAUCAGGGGGUUUGCUUGCAUUUAAUAAAUGGCCUUUGCAUAAAAAGUGUGACAGGUGCAUAGGUAAAAGGAAAAAAAAAGGUCAUGCUAGCCCUCUAAUUUGAGUAGCCUUAUAAUGUAUUGUUCUUAUGAGGUCCUUAGACAGAUGUCAGAAUCAAAUAUUAAUCAGUUCAAUCUUUUUGAUUUGACUGUUGGUCACAAAAGUAUUCCAGAUAGGUAAGUUUUCUUGGCAGGGCUGUGGGGUUUUAAGUGCAGAUUACUUAGUACUGAGUUAGGGGAGAGCUUUUUAGAAAGGUAGUUUUUUGAACAUCUUGGCUAUUACGUGAAGUAUCUCCAAGAAAACAAUUAGCCAUGCAGUCCAGCAAGUUACGAUGCUGUGAACAGACUUAAUUGUAGUAAAGCUCUGGUACAGAGUUACUAAGACUUUGACAUAUAUGUAUUUAAAAUUUUAAAAUUAAAUGUAAUUUCCUACAUUGGACAGUGUUGCUGGUAGAGGCAAAGAGCAUCAUUAUUUUUCUUAUGAACUCUUAUCUAGUGUUUUAUCCUUAAUAAAAGGCUACGGUUAUUUUUGCAUACUGACUGAAUAUUUGGCCUUUAAGAGUAUAUAAUUAGAUGGAAGAAUAAAAGCAGUUGUUAAAGGACUGUUUUUCUAAUGAAAAUAGUUUGAAAUCAUAUAAUUUUAGUUUCUUCCGAAUAGAUGUGAUUAGUGUGUUGGAAAUAGUUUUACAGUGGAUAUAAAGGGAACAGUUGAGAGACAGUGGCUGAGAAUGUGUCCAGCUAUUUUUGUAGCUAACAGUUAUAUUUUUUUGGUCUCUUAGAUAUUUCCAUAUAAUUGAACAGCUAAAUUACAAUUGGAUACAAAAACUAUUUGCACUUAGUAAUAUUUACAUUUUAAAAUAGGUUUUAUUGUACUAAUUGAUAAGUAAAUCCCAAUGACUGUGAGAAAAACCUAGCCUAUAUUAUUACUUUGAUAGAAAUUUGAAUAUGGGAUAGUAUUGUCUGUAUCAUAUAAAAAUGUUUUCGUGGAUUUUUAGCUGCUGAAACUGAAAUCAAUAAACUUUAGUUACUGUCGUUGACUGGAACAAGUACAUCUGCACAUUUCUGUUUUCUUCAUAUUACCUCUGCCUCUACGUUCACCUAGUGUUUCUUCCAGCAUUACGCCUUUCAUGGUAUUUGCCUUAUUUAGAUCGACCUGUGAGGCACUCUUGGUGUGGGUUUUUGCAUGUUCUUGUGGAAGACUUCCUUGAUGGAGAACUGUGCCUCCAAGUUUGUGCAAUUACUUUAUGUUUUCUGAACAAACCCUAGAGAACCCCAGGCAAAAUAAAAUCCCAGGAUUAGUAGAGUAGCCAGUGGGUCAGAUCGUAAUUUUUUUCAUAUUUUAAAUAAAUUUGUCAGUAACUGAUGAUUGUGUUUUAAAGUAGAUACAGAAUGGUCUUCUGCACACCUCAAUUUCAUGUUAGAUUAGUGACACCAGUGUAUCCCAGAUUGAAUGUACAUUAGUGAACGAUAUGGUCUAUGUUCUGGAUUACUUUGGAGAAUUGAAAAUACUUCUUGGUUGAGAAAUUUUUAAAAGUUGAAAGGAUUAUGUUUAUUUUAAAACUCUGGUACUUUGGAUUUGAAAGAAACAAACUUGUAAUAUAGCCCAAAUUUAUUGUAAUCUGUUUAGUUAUUUGUAUUAAAUUAAGUGAUUCAAAGGUG